AAUGUUAUUCAUCUUUUUUAUAAUUUCAUAAUGAUUUAAAAAAAAAAUGUAACCCUGAAAAUCCGGUGUUUCUAUGUGAAACAGUUUUGUUAUAUUUCAGUCUUCCGUGAUGUAUAUAAUCUGCCUUUUCUGUCUUUUAAUAUAAGGUCACCGAUUGGCUGUAACUACUCUGUGGUGGGACAAGGUGCUUCUGAUUGCGUGCGUGUGUGGUUCAUUGUGUAAAUAUUACAGUACAGGUCUCCUUCUCUCCAUCUCUACUCUGUAAUAUCUCUCUCCUUGUCGUUUAACUCCUCCCCCACACACACUCCACAAAUCCAACAUCUUGCUAAUCUACAUCCCCACUUGACAACAUCUGUCUUCACCAGUGUUGUGGCUUCACAGAUGUGGAGAAGAAGCCCAAUACAACCUACCAGAGCAGAGCUGGUCUGACAGUUCAACCACACAGAUAGAGAGAGAGAGAGAGAGAGAGAUAGAGAGAGAGGCAGGGGUAGAAAGAAACAGAGGGAUUGAGAGGAGUGAGGGGAGUGAGGGGAGACAGAGGUGAAAGAUGACAACACUGAAUGAAAAAAAAAUGAUUCAGAUCAACUUUAAUGUGCUAUUCUAUGAAGACAGUUCGUUAUUUAUUUAUUUAUUCAUCAUGUAUUUGUAACCUUUAUUUAACUAGGCAAGUCAGUUAAGAACACAUUCUUAUUUUCAAUGACGGCCAAACCCGGACGACGCUGGGCCAAUUGUGCACCGCCCUAUGGGACUCCCAAUGACGGCCGGUUGUGAUACAGCCUGGACAAUAGUUAGAACCAGGGUGUCUGUGCUGACUCCUCUGGCACCGAGAUGCAGCGCCUCAGACCGCUCGGGAGCCCCGAGUUAGAGGGAAAUGUUUUAACUGGCACAGAAACACGAACGCAUAGACUCCAAGCGUCUACUUGGCAGACAGGGACGAAGAAGAAAGAGAAGAACGUGUGAUAAAGAAGAUGAUAAAUGAGCUCUGGUGGAGGUUUAGAGUACAGCUGAACCAUUCUGACAGAGAGUAGCACGCUGCAGACUUGUCUUAGUAAUGGAUGUGUACUUCGGGGAGGGGUGGAGGGAUGGAGGGAGUCAUCAAGAGAGGAGAGAAAGGGAGGAUGAGUUAUAAUCAGCGAGGAGGGAGAGAAGACAGGGAGGGGAAAGCAAGCGAUCUACAGCGUGUUUAGGAGAGAGAGAGGCUGAGUAAAGUUUCUUACCCGGUUACAACAUUUUCCUCGCGCACAGCUGAUCCUCAACACCAAUACAUUUGCGAGCAUCGCUAGGAGGAAUUCAAGGUGUGGUCAUCAUGUUGGGGGUGUGUCUGUCCGUCUUAUUGCUCCUCCCCCUGGCCUCGUCCAUCCCCUCCCCCUCCAAACCUCCCCCAAGACUAUGCAGACGAUGCUGCGAUCCCCUGCAGCCCCCAGAAUCCUCUGCUGCACACCCUGCCCACCACGCCGCCGCCACGCCAGAGGUCCACACCUACAUCAACAUGACCAUACUCAAAGGUGAUAAAGGUGACAGAGGAGAUAAAGGGAUGCCAGGGAAAAAUGGUAAAGUAGGUCCGCAAGGUUACCGGGGUCCCAUGGGUCCUCAGGGGACUAAGGGCCAGGCGGGCGCCCCGGGAGAUGCCUGUAAGACACAGCACUCCUCCUUCUCUGUAGGGAGACGUAAAUCCCUCCACAGUAUAGACUACUACCAGGCCCUGGUGUUUGACACGGUGUUCGUCAACCUCUACGAGCACUUCAACAUGUUCAAAGGUAAAUUCUACUGCUUCGUCCCAGGUAUCUACUUCUUCAACGUGAACAUCCACACGUGGAACUUCAAGGAGACCUACCUCCACCUGAUGCACAACGAUAAGGAGCAGGUGAUCCUGUACGCCCAGCCCAGUGAGAGGUCCAUCAUGCAGAGUCAGAGUGUGAUGAUGGACCUGGCGCUGAACGACGAGGUCUGGGUCAGGCUCUACAAGAGGGAGAGGGAGAACGCCGUCUAUAGUGAUGACGUGGACGUCUAUAUUACCUUUAAUGGAUACCUGGUGGCGCCUAGUGUCCAGUGAUCAGAGUGGAGGAAGAGGGGGAGGGGGAGGAAACUCUGUGUUGGAUUUUGGUUGUUUUAUCAUGCCUAAAGUUCAGUGAUGAAGAAGGAGGAAAGAAGAGAGAGAGGGAACUUGCGCCGGUGUUGGAUUUUUGAUUUUGCUUGUGCCUAUAUUGCCUUCAGUGCUCACCAAAUUCAAAUGUAAUCUGGUUGGAUUUUGGUUGUCCGUUUGCAGUGCCUUCAGUGCUCACCAAAUGGACAUUUUAGUUGUUCCUUUGUAGUGCCUUCAGUGCUCACCAAAUGGACAUUUUAGUUGUUCCUUUGUAGUGCCUUCAGUUCUCACCAAAUGGAAACUCUGGGUUAAUUUUGAUUGUUCCUUUUUGGUGCUUUCAGUGCUCACCAAAUGGAAACUGUGGGUUGAUUUUGAUUGUUCCUUUUUUGGUGCUUUCAGUGCUCACCAAAUGGAAACUCUGGGUUGAUUUUGAUUGUUCCUUUUUUGGUGCUUUCAGUGCUCACCAAAUGGAAACUCUGGGUUGAUUUUGAUUGUUCCUUUUUGGUGCUUUCAGUGCUCACCAAAUGGACACUCUGGGUUGGAUUUUGUUUGUACUUCCGUUGCUCCUAAAGCAGCCAAUGAUACAAAUGACCUGCACACACAUUUUCCUCUGCCUCACGAUGUAUUCCUCUCAGGUACUUUGAAUGGGGAGGAUUGUGGGCAGUGUUGUGCAGUGUUGCAGUGUUGUGUAGUCCCAGUGAGAGAAAUUGGUUGAAAUUACAUAACUUUUUAAGCUUUUCAACGUCUUUUCAAUGUCUUUUGCUCAUCGGGUGGUUUUGGGACUAGACUUGAAUGGACCCUGCGUUGAACUGUUGCUAAGGUGACCUCGAGGAAAGCUGUAAAAGUGAAAAAGAAGAAAAUGGGAGCCAUAUUAAAUGAAUAUAUAGAGAUUGUUGAGUAAGUAAUGCAAGAUUGUAUUGAUAUAUAUAUUGAUAACUCAGUGUUACGUGUUUUUAUAGAGAUUUACUUUAAGCUGCAGAGCAGCUUGUAACAUGUACAUAUUUGUAUAGAUUUUUGUUACCUAAAACGUUUUAUCACUAGUCUGGGUACCAGUUGGUCUUUGCUUUAGCUGAACUGUUGUUGUUGUCCCGUCCUGAACACAAUACGCUACUGUUGCUGAAUGCAGUUUGAAAAAGUUCUGCAUCCAGGCUGGGCUUACCCUAACCCGAUACCACCAAAACCUGAAAGUACUGAAUUCCAUUGUAUCAAUACAACACAUACUGUAUCAGAACAAUAUAAACCAAACAAUCAUUUGUAAAAACCCAUUCAAACUAGAAGCCCAUUCUAAACCAGACCUUCUAGAACCAUUACUCCCCGUUGUCAGUUGAGCAGGUUGAACAGAUGCAUUCUAUCUUUCACCUAGAGGUUAAAGGUCAAACCCUGACCCCUGCCUGUUUCCCACCGUUAGAGUACACAACCCCUCAUUACUGUCAAGAUUUGAAUAUGUCCUAGUAUUGCAAUACAUGGGGAAUAGGGUGCCAAAAGUAGUGCACUAUAUUGGGCGUAUAAAGUGUGUCCUAGUAUGUCAUAGUAGUGUACUAUGUAGGGAAUAUGGGUGCAGUCUGGGAUUAUCAGUUUUGUUUGACAGCUCCAAUGAAAAACCCAACUAAAAGCUAAAGAGAGGAAAAACAACUACAACAUGUGUGGUUUGGAUGGUGAUGGUUGAAUUGGUUGCCAGAUGGACGACCAUAUCUCUCCUAUUACUGCUAAUUCUGUCCUCAGUCCACAGGGACUGGGGCUAAACUGGAGAUAGAGAGACCAACUGGUGUAUUAGGCCAUGACUAGAUAGCGUUGUAGCCAAUUAGAAUAGGCUUUACUGGUGUAGUUCCCUAGGCAAUAGCUCCGUAGCCAAUUAGACGAGGCUUUAGUGGUGUCAUUCCCUAGUCAAUAGCUCUGUAGCCAAUUAGAAUAGGCUUUACUGGUGUAGUUCCCUAGGAGGCAAUAGCUCCGUAGCCAAUUAGAAGAGGCUUUAGUGGUGUAGUUCCCUAGGCAAUAGCUAUGUAGCCAAUUAGAAGAGGCUUUAGUGGUGUAAUUCCCUAGUCAAUAGCUCCGUAGCCAAUUAGAAGAGGCUUUAGUGGUGUAAUUCCCUAGUCAAUAGCUCCGUAGCCAAUUAGAAGAGGCUUUAGUGGUGUAAUUCCCUAGUCAAUAGCUCCGUAGCCAAUGUAAUAGCGUACCAUAGGGAUGUACUUCCUAUGGCUGUUGUACUGUAAGUACCUAUUUCCUGGAUAUCACUCAAAACCAAGAGCAGAAGUUGACACAGUUGGUUUGCUGUACCCAGGAGGCAGAACAGCAGAAAGCAUUGUGGGUUGGGUUAUUAGUAUUUACCGUGUGCCCCAAAACACAGCCAUUUAUAACCUCGCUCAAACAAUGGCUCUGUUUCCUACGCACCUCUACGAAUGCAGAUGCACUUUCAAGGAGUCCUCUGAGAGUUGUUGGUAGACGGCCUCUCUAAAACUAGCCUGGUCCCAGAUCAGUUUGUGCUGUUUGGCAUGACAAUGACCAUUGCGAGACAGUACAAACAGAUCUGGAACCAGGCUACAGUAAAAGUAAAAAGCAGCAGAACUCCUGUUCCUUCCUGGAUGCAUUUUAUUAGUUGUAUUAGACGGUUGUGUAGUUAUCUUGUAUUUAGCAGCACUUAGAGCCUUUUAUACCCUCAUUAAAGACAUGGACCCAGUUCAUAACAGUAACGACUCCAUCUGAGGUAAACAGUAAAGUAGCUUUGAAUCGCCCCACUAUCCUAUAAACGCCAUGCUCUAUAAAAUGAGCCAUAAAGUAAGUUGUGGUGUUAUGUUACCUGUGAAAGAAUGUUGAUAAAACUCCUGCAGUUACUGCUGUUAGAGUUCAAGGUUUAGAUGGGAGGGCGGCUGGGAGCACUUGGUAUGACAGGUUAUGACAGGCUAUGACAGGUUAUGACGUAUAUUAUCUCAUGCUCAUGGCAUGUUUACAAGACAGGUUUGGGAAAGGGCUCAAGAGGAGAGUUAGCGAGAGUUUUCAAUGACAUCAAUGAUGUCCGAUUUCCCCCUGCGUCAAAGUCAGCCACAGCUUUCUCUCUAACACCCUCGCUAUCUCUCUCUCUCUUGCUCUCUCUCCAUCUCUGUCUCUCUCUCCCUCUAACACUCUACUCUCUCUGUCUUGCUCUCUCCUCUCUCCUCGCUUCCUCUCUUGCUCUUCCU